ACACGUGCAGCGCCGAGGGAAUCUUGCCACAAGCAGAGAGUGACCCGAUUGAUGCUUCGUGGUGAUCGUCGGCGUGGAGGAGCGUUGUGAUGGCAGUGCGUGGUGGCAGUUAGGGGAGGAUUUCGAUUUCGCAAGUGUACGGCACCGGCAGCUACGAAGCUACAAAAAGGAUCAGCUUACCUUGCGGCAAGAUCAUUUCUCAAGUGACUACCGUGCAGUGCGGAGCGGCAGCAGCAACAUCGCAACCUUAUUUACAAACAGCUCCAACGCCAAAACAACCUCAUUAUACACAAUGGCCGUGCAGGGUCAGAGAUUUAUGACCAAGACCCAGCAUUAUCGCAAGGUGACCAAACCCCUUCUGGAGCGGAAGAGACGCGCCCGGAUGAACCUCUAUCUGGACGAACUGAAGGAUCUUAUUGUGGACACGAUGGAUGCGCAGGGCGAGCAGGUCAGCAAGCUGGAGAAGGCGGACAUCCUGGAGCUCACCGUCAACUAUCUGAAGGCACAGCAGCAGCAGCGGGUGACCAAUCCGCAAUCCCCGCCAGCCACCCAGGUCAACUUGGACAAAUUCCGGGCCGGAUACACCCAGGCUGCCUACGAGGUCUCGCACAUAUUCUCCACCGUUCCCGGCUUGGAUCUCCAGUUUGGCACCCACCUGAUGAAGCAGUUGGGCCACCAGCUUAAGGACAUGAAGCAGGAAGAGGAUUGCUCCGAAAUUGCAGAAGAGCCAGUUAAUCUAUCCGAUCAAAAACGCUCUAAAUCCCCUCAAGAGGAGGGCAUGCCCAAUGGCGAGGAUGUCUGGCGUCCCUGGUGAAGAGCAUCCCAAAUAUACGCAAUUAAUUCACAUUGAUAGCUUUACCACUCUGUUUCGAGUACGAAACAAUCCAAGUUUUCCAAGGUCUAGUGUAAACAUUUGCCUCAGAAUCGUAUUUAGUUGGUAGUUGAUUUGACAAGAUGAUGUGAUGUUCCUGUGAUAGUUUUUAAGUUCGUAUUUGGUAUUUGAUCUCCCAUAGAUUUAAUGAUUCAUGUAUUUAAUUGAUUAUAAUUUAUUUUAUCGCCCUAACAAAGAGCUUUCCACUGAGCUUCCACAUAGUUUGAAUAAGGAAACAUUUUUUUGUAUGCUUUAAAUUCGCAUUUUCGGGUUACAACAUUUAAUCUAAGCCAUGAACACUUGAAUAAUAAACUGAAUAUA